AUGCUUCGUCAGGCGAGUAAUUUGGUCUCGUUGACUGCGCCAGCAGUUCAACAACAGCAUCAACGUGGUAUGGCAACUUUGAAAUCUAUUUCCAUUCGUCUUAAGUCGGUAAAAAACAUCCAGAAAAUCACUCAGUCCAUGAAGAUGGUGUCAGCAGCUAAAUACAAUCAUGCUGAACGUGAUUUGAAACAAGCAAGACCUCUAGGUCAAGGAACUAAAAUCUUCUAUGAGCAAGCUGAAAUUCAAGCACCUGAAUCAGAACCUAAACAAUUGGUAAUUGCUGUCACAAGUGAUCGAGGUUUGUGUGGUGCUGUACACAGCGGUGUGUCACGUAAUAUUCGUGAUAAAUUAUUAGCUGACUCAAAUCUCCGUGAGAAUACUAAAAUAAUAUGCAUUGGUGACAAAUCACGAGCAAUUUUGUCACGGCUAUUUGCUAAAAAUAUUCUCUUUGUCGCAAGUGAAGUUGGCCGUAAGCCUCCAACUUUUACUGAUGCCUCCAAAGUAGCAAAUAUGGUCAUGAAUUCCGGGUACACCUUUGGAUCUGGACGCAUAGUUUACAACAAAUUUAGGUCAGUAGUUUCAUACGCUGUCGAUCAAUUACCCCUGUUCGACAAAUCUGCUGUAACGAGUGCUCCAAAAUUAUGUGUCUACGAUUCUCUCGAUGAGGAUGUAAUCCAAAGCUAUUUGGAAUUUUCUCUUGCCUCAUUGCUAUUCUACGCGAUGAAAGAAGGUGCAUGCAGCGAACAAUCCAGCAGAAUGACUGCUAUGGAUAACGCCAGUAAAAAUGCUGGUGAAAUGAUUGAUAAACUUACUUUAACAUUCAAUCGUACUCGCCAAGCUGUUAUUACUAGAGAACUUAUUGAAAUUAUUUCUGGAGCUGCCGCUUUGGAAUAA